UGUGCCUUGUAUCCGGGUUGUCCAGGAUGGCGUUCCCGAUGCAGUUCCUCUGCAGGGCGCUGCGCACUGUGGGCCUGGUGCUUUUCUACUAUGUGUUUUCCAUUGGCAUAACGUUCUACAACAAGUGGCUCAUGAAGGACUUCCACUUUCCUCUGUUCAUGACCCUGGUUCAUCUCGCUAUAAUAUUCUGCUUCUCUACACUGACACGCUUUGCCAUGCAGUGCUGGACGGGAAAGCCUCGAGUUACCCUUCCUUGGAAGGUUUACCUUUCUAAAGUAGCCCCAACAGCCCUGGCGACAGCGCUGGAUAUUGGACUGUCCAACUGGAGCUUCCUUUUCAUCACUAUUAGUUUGUACACCAUGACCAAGUCUUCAGCUGUUCUCUUCAUUCUCUUCUUCUCCCUGGUCUUCAAACUGGAGGAGCCGAACCCAUUCCUGAUCCUCGUGGUGUUGCUGAUAGCCAGCGGUCUGUUCAUGUUCACUCUCAAGUCCACUCAGUUUAAUCUGGAGGGUUUCCUUAUGGUCCUGUUGGCCUCUUUUAUCGGAGGGAUCCGCUGGACUCUCACUCAAGUGCUCAUGCAGAAAGCAGAGCUUGGCCUUCAGAACCCCAUAGACACCAUGUACCAUCUACAGCCCCUCAUGUUCCUGGGCCUCUUUCCUCUGUUUCUUCUCAAUGAAGGACUGAGUGUGAGCACCACAGAGAAGCUCUUCAGGGUCAGUGAGCUCUCACACCUGCUCUACUCCCUGGUGACUCUGUCUUUGGGUGGCUUGCUGGCAUUUGGGCUGGGCUUUUCCGAGUUCCUGCUGGUGUCCCGCACAUCCAGCCUCACGCUAUCCAUUGCAGGCAUUUUUAAGGAGGUGUGCACUCUACUGCUGGCAGUGGAGUUCAUGGGGGAUAAAAUGAGCACAGUGAAUUGGUUGGGUUUUGCUGUGUGUCUCUCUGGCAUAUCACUGCAUAUUAGCCUCAAAACAUACUAUAACAAAGGAAAUGGCCCCACGGUGAGGCAAUUACCAGUCAGAGACAACCCAGACCUUGAGCUUCCACUUCUGCAGACAAAAGACGACUAUUGUGAAGACACCAAUGAUGAAGAGGAGCAUGAAAUUCUUUAUUAGUUUGUGAAAGACAUGAAUGUCCUUAAUAGACUCAUGGAAUGUUCUGCUUUAAAGGCUCGUAUCAAUGGUCACAUUGACCACAGGUACUGAACAAGCCUCAUAAAUGUAAUGAAUAAGCAUGAGAAGACACUUCAAGUUAAUGUACUGGGGUACAUGUGUUGUCUGUCUCUCCAUGAUGCUGAGAGAACAGAGAAUGCCUGUGCCCCUGGGAAGACGGGACAGAAAAGCCACUGGGUGAUUAAAGGAAUAGUUCACCCAAACUGUUCACUUCUGUCAUCAUACCCAUUUCUAAACUAUAUGACUUUUUCUCCUUCUUUGGAGCACAAAAGGAGAUGUUUUUAAGAGUGUCUUCCUUUAAAUGAAAGUGGAUGGGGACCAGGAACUGUUAAGCUCCAAAAAUGUGCAAUAUUCCAAGGCCCCUGAAGCUGUAUGAUAUUGUAAUAAAUAAUUCAUUUUGUCUCUGAAGAAAAAGUCACAUGGGUUUUGGAAGACACUAGGGUGAGUACAUUUGACAGAAGUUUAAUUUAUAGGUGAAAUAUAUCUUUAAAACUACUUGUGGCAUCAGUCUCAGCACAGGACCAAUCUCUAAGUGGCCUUACACAUUUGUUUACAUGACAAUAAAGGGUUUAUUUUUACUAAAUAUCAAUUUUAUUUCAGUUGCCCACCAUGAUGAUUUCACUAAUUAUGACGGAAUGUGAGUGAAUUACUUGCAUGUUUUUUUAAAAUAAAAUGAAUGAACUUAGAAUAAA